AUGUUAUCUUCUCGUUCUGCAUCUAUUCUAAGGGCCCCAUUGCGUCGUUCUUUAGCCACUGUCUCUAAUUUGACAAGAGAUUCUAAAGUUAAUCAGAAUCUUUUAGAAGAUCACUCCUUUAUUAACUACAAACAAAAUGUCGAGAAUCUAAAAAUUGUCAAGGAAAGACUAAACAGACCCUUGACUUAUGCUGAAAAGAUUCUUUACUCUCAUUUGGAUAACCCACAUGAACAAGAUAUCCAACGUGGUGUCUCUUACUUGAAAUUAAGACCGGAUAGAGUCGCCUGUCAAGAUGCUACUGCUCAAAUGGCUAUCCUACAAUUCAUGUCUGCUGGUUUACCACAAGUCGCUAAACCAGUCACUAUCCAUUGUGACCAUCUAAUUCAAGCCCAAGUUGGUGGUGAAAAAGAUUUAGCUAGAGCCGUUAACUUGAACAAAGAAGUUUACGAUUUCUUAGCUUCUGCUUCUGCCAAAUAUAACAUGGGUUUCUGGAAACCAGGCUCUGGUAUUAUCCACCAAAUUGUUCUUGAAAACUACGCUUUCCCUGGUGCUUUGUUAAUCGGUACUGACUCUCACACUCCAAACGCUGGUGGUCUUGGUCAAUUGGCUAUUGGUGUGGGUGGUGCUGAUGCCGUUGAUGUCAUGUCCGACUUGCCAUGGGAAUUGAAGGCUCCAAAGAUCUUAGGUGUUAAAUUGACUGGUAAGAUGAACGGUUGGACUUCUCCAAAAGAUAUUAUCUUAAAGUUGGCCGGUAUCACUACUGUUAAAGGUGGUACUGGUAAGAUUGUUGAGUACUUCGGUGAUGGUGUCAACACAUUCUCUGCUACUGGUAUGGGUACCAUCUGUAACAUGGGUGCUGAAAUCGGUGCUACCACCUCUGUCUUCCCAUUCAACAAGUCCAUGGAAGAUUACUUAGUUGCUACCAAGCGUGGUAAGAUUGCUGAAUUUGCUAAAUUAUAUAAACAAGAUUUGUUAUCUGCUGACAAAGGUUGUGAAUAUGAUGAAGUCAUUGAGAUCGACUUGAACACUUUAGAACCAUACGUCAAUGGCCCAUUCACUCCGGAUUUAGCCACUCCAAUCUCCAAAUUAAAGGAAGUCGCUGUUAAGAACAACUGGCCAUUGGAUGUUAAAGUCGGUUUAAUUGGUUCCUGUACCAACUCCUCUUACGAAGAUAUGUCCCGUGCCGCUUCCAUUGUUAAGGAUGCUGCUGCCCAUGGUUUAAAGGCCAAGUCAAUCUUCACGGUCACUCCAGGUUCUGAACAAAUUAGAGCUACUAUUGAACGUGAUGGCCAAUUGAAGACUUUCCAAGAAUUCGGCGGUGUCGUUCUAGCUAAUGCUUGUGGUCCAUGUAUUGGUCAAUGGGAUAGACAGGACAUCAAGAAGGGUGACAAGAACACCAUUGUUUCCUCCUACAACAGAAACUUCACUUCCAGAAACGAUGGUAACCCAGAAACCCACGCUUUUGUCGCCUCCCCAGAAAUCGUUACUGCCUUUGCCAUCGCUGGUGAUUUAAGAUUCAAUCCAAUCACCGACACUUUGAAAGAUAAAGACGGUAAGGAAUUCAAAUUGAAACCACCAUUUGGUAACGGUUUACCAGAACAAGGUUAUGACUCCGGUGUGAACACUUACCAAGCUCCACCAGCUAACCGUGACGCUGUUGAUGUCAUUGUUGCUCCAACUUCUGAACGUCUACAAUUAUUAAAUCCAUUUAAACCAUGGGAUGGUAAGGAUGCUACCAACAUGCCAAUAUUAAUUAAAGCUGUUGGUAAGACCACCACUGACCAUAUCUCAAUGGCUGGUCCAUGGUUAAAGUACAGAGGUCACUUAGAAAAUAUCUCUAAUAACUAUAUGAUUGGUGCUAUUAAUGCCGAAAACGGUAAAGCUAACUAUGUCAAGAAUGUUUAUACAGGUGAAUACAAGGGUGUUCCAGACACUGCUAGAGACUACAGGGACCAAGGUGUCAAGUGGGUUGUCAUUGGUGAUGAAAAUUUUGGUGAAGGUUCUUCUCGUGAACAUGCUGCUUUGGAACCAAGAUUUUUAGGUGCUUUUGCCAUUGUCACUAAAUCCUUCGCUCGUAUCCACGAAACUAAUUUAAAAAAACAAGGUUUAUUACCAUUGAACUUCAAGAACCCAGCUGACUAUGACAAGAUCCAACCAACUGACAGAAUUGAUAUCGUAGGAUUGAAUGAAUUUGCUCCAGGUAAAAACAUUACAAUGGUAGUCCACCCAGAAAACGGAAAAGCCUUCAAUGUUGAGUUGACUCAUACUUUCAAUGCCGAACAAAUUGAAUGGUUCAAGGCUGGUUCUGCUUUAAACUACAUCAAAGAGUUAAAGAAUCAUGCAUCUAAAUAA